CUUCCUGGGAACCCCUGGCCUGCCUGGUGCCCGAACAGGGCGUCGAUUGGACCACCUCGGCCGUCGCCUUUGCCCUCAUGUCCAUUCGUGUGCAGUUGGAGAAAAACCUGAAGCAGGUUUGUUUAUUUUAUUUGCGUCUUUUCUCUCCUUUUUUAACCUUGUCGCUAGCAGUGUGUCUUCGUUUGUGCAAUUUUACCUUGAAAGCUGGUAUAAUCGUGCAUCAUUGACGCGCUGA